CCCUAAGAGUAACUUAAAAACAAAUUAGGGACAUUUGCUCUAAUUUUGCCUAAUAAUUAUUAUCUAUGGCAUUUUCUCUUACGAUUCUUGAUCAUACUAAUUUGCCGACAUUAAAUUAAGCGUAACCUCCACACCACACCAAACCACCAAAGGAAGAAAUCUAGAUUCCAAAUCAAUUUUACCACCAAACCAAAAUAACGUUCCUAACGGCAGCAACGACGUCGUUUCAGUAGCAAGCUUGAGCUUCAAUCAUACCCAACCUAAGAUCCGUUUGACCGCAAGAUUCGAGAAAUCAGAAGUCGUCAAUCAUAUCAGAACUCAGAGCAGCGAUUUUUAGCAACCCCAAGAACCCGAUUUGUCUAUCCAAAUACCGAUCCACGCCUGCAAAUCAGCCACACUCUUUUCUCUUUCCGAACUUUCUGGCCAUCGUCAAUUUUCAGUCUCCGCCAUGUGUAACGGCCACCACCGAUCUUUGUUCAGAGGUAGCCUUUCUCCCUACCAGAACUCCAUACCGGAAAACGGCGACGCUUCUGUUGUGGACAAUCUACGGGGUCGAUUAGAAGAAACCGAGUUGCGGCUGGCUCAAGUUAGGGCUCGAGAGGCGGAGCUCAGCCGACUCUUGGAGGAAAUGAAACGAUUAGUCUCUGUGAUGGAGAUCCUCGAAAACUACCUGAAACGGCAGUACACCGACCGCCAAGAAUAUGUGAAGAACAUUCCACACUCAAGAUGUUUCAAUGUAAAAAUUGAAGUCUUAUCUAAUAUCAAAUCUCAAAAAGCUCUCUGCAUACCAAGAUGAAGAUUUCAUGAAUGUGAAGCCAAUGACCAAAUUGGUUAUUCCCAGUUC